AUGCGGAUCGCGCUAGAGGAAGCGAACAAACGGCGCCAGCGUGGAUGGAGCGGCUCGCAGUACAGCGCAAACUCGGCGCCCUCCUUCUCGACGCAGCAGAGCGAAGAGCUCAACCCCGACAACGAAUCAACCACCCAACCCCCGUCCGACGCAGAGAUGCUUGAGCGAGCUCGAAGUGCUCAUCGAAAUGUUGACUUCGUAGCACUAGCCGCCGGUCCAGAGCGCGGUGGGCCCUGGCAGCGCGUUGAGGCCGCCGACCGCUUCGUCGUCUUCAAACGAUCCGUCAAUGCCGAGACGAAUGACAACCGCCUUCCUGGCCUGGAAGUCAUGUGUGCCGGCCGCCUCGAUGCCAGUCUGGAAGAAGUGGAUGGCGUCCUACGCUCAAAAUCGGAAGUAGAUCUGGCGAGUACCAUGCAGGGGCUGCACUCGAAAAACUUCAUCUUCGGGUCGCUCGAUCGCGAAGUGCCGUGCUCGGACGAGGCGCAGGACACCAACGAUGAGGAGUCCAACAACUAUAGCAGUGAACAGCUCAACGUCAAAACCAGCAGCUUCGUGCGCACCAACCUCUUCUCGCGCAACGAGCAGUGGUGCUUCUCCGACUUCUUCCAGCGCAAGAAGGAGCGAGAUGGCUUCACCAUUUCCCAGCGCGCGUUGCCUCCAUUUGAGCGGACUCCAGGGCGCCUGGUGGGGAACAACAUGCGUGUUGAUCAGCUGCACGGACUCAACGCGUCGUAUCUGGUCGACCAGCUCCCGAAUCGGAAGGGGCUGCGUGUAGUCUACAACGCGUGGUUCGAGGACCCUGUAAUGGGUAUUGAGGCGUCAAGUACAAGCACCAUGUCCAGUCGUACUAGCAGUCGACGAAGGAGGUCUGGAUUGAGCGUAGUGUCUUCUACUUCGAGCAAUGGCAGCAUCGGUGAGACCACCACAGACAGCAAAGCUCAGCUCCGUCGUCUACUGUCACUAGCUCAUGGCAUGACAAAACUUCCCGAUCUCAUCCGCCGACGCCGCUUUGGGUUCCAAGUACCCAUGGACUUCGACGCCGUUCAAGCGGGUAACACACGCUGCCCAUGCUGCACGCACAGCUUAGCCCCCGUCAAGAUGUCGCUGUCAUUAGCUGCGUCAGCCAUUACCAAGCGAAGCUUGCGGUCUCUCAGGAUGGACACCAGACGAUGUUAUCUGUGCGGGUAUCUCGUGUGUAUCGACUGCUGGAGCGCCGAGUACAUGGAGAGCACCAUCGGUCGUGUGGCGGCCAUUGUGGUCUGUACGCGGUGCCACGCCGCGGUGAAAGCCUGCGAUUACUCGGAAGUGUGCGCCCCAGACAACACCAGCAACCACCGAGGACCCGUCAAGGUCGUCGCGGAUGAACCGAAUGACUCUCCCGCUCCGCUCCUCACCGACUUCCUCGCCGCCUCGCUGUUGAACGCCCCACCCGGCGGCGCUGACCGUGCUGCGGUGCUUUCAGUAGUCCGAAUGCUUCUCCGGCAGAGCGAAGCCACAGACGACGAGAGCGACGACAGCGACUACGACUGCAGCUACAACAGCGACUGUGGCGAGGACAACAACGUGGCUGUGGAGGAGCUCGAGCGAUACUUGGGCGACGAGAGCCAACUGCCCGAACUCGAGUCCUGCGUGAUCGCCAACGCUGAGCGACGAACAUAUUUAAUCGAUCUCCCGGAUGAUCCGACGACGACGGUGCCGCCCGGUGUGAUCCCGAGCCACGACGACAUCCGCCUUCGAGUGGUUACCGACAAAGGCUUGCUGCUUCUCGCCUACCAGCACGCGCCGCUGGAUCCCGCCCCCGGGAUAUCCAUUGACGACGCGUGCGACGUCCGCGACCUCGAUCUGUUGUGCCAGCUCGCAAUGCGUGCUACGGGAUGCACCGACGCGUUCAUGUCGGUCGCGGGGCUCAAGCACAACCACGUAUUAGCGGCUACGAACCCUAUGUUCCUCCAUGCCGCCGUCCCGCGAGAGCAGGGCUUCUGCCAGCACACCAUCAUGACGACGAAGCCCUUUGUAGCAACGCAUCCAGAGGCGGACGUCCGCUUCCACGAGAUCGUGGGGGUCAAGGCGCUGUCGAUCCGUUACUACGUCGGCUUCCCGCUCUUGGUGCCAAUAGCAGAGACCACCGGAUACUCCGAGACGGAGAUGCCUGUGGGAACGUUGUGCUGCAUCCACUCGAUCGCGCGCGCCGAGCUCACGCGCUCGCAAUACGCCACCAUGAAGCGACUCACGGAGACCGCGUCCAGGCUCAUCCAGCUGAAAGGCCGACAACUUCAACAGCAACUCGCACAGGGCGCUGCAUGA